AUGUACGACACCACAACCAAGGAAGCAAAAGGGAUCCUGCGAGGGGCCGCCUCUAAUAGGGCCCCUGGGAUCGCCGCCGCCUCUGGGAGGGCCCCUGGGAGCCCCACCAACCGUGGGAGGGCCCCAGGGGGCGCCGCCGCCCUUGGGAGGGCACGGGGGACUCCACAGUUCCUGGAAGAGGUCCUGGGGGGUGCCACAGCUAAUGGUAGGGCCCCUAAGGGAUCCGCCGCUUUUGGGAGGGCCCUUGAGGGCGCCGCUGCUCCUGAGAGAGACCUGGGGGCGCCACAGCCCCUGGAAGAGGCCUUGGGAGUGCUACAGCCUCUGGCAGGGCCUAUUGGAGCUCCUCCUUCCCUGAAAGUGCCCUUGCAGGCGAUGCCGCCCCAGGCAGGGCUCCUGGGAGCGUCGCCGCCCCUGGCAGGGCCCUUGGGGUCACGACUGCCCUUGGGAGGGUCUUUGGUGGCACCGCCGGCCUUGAAAAGGGCCUCUAGGGACGUUGCCACCCAUAGAGAGGGCCCAUGGGGGUGCUGCCGUCCCUGGUAA